AUGAACGUGCAGUACAACUCUGCCCUGCGGCAGAGCAAGGCGAUCCGCAGCGAGCUGUCGAGUCUCAACGACAAGAGCGCCCCGACGCCCGCCGAGAUCGGCAACGUGUCGGCUUCGCUGGCGUCCUUUACCAAAACCCUCGACGAGUACAACCACCUGGCGCGGCAAGAGAUUGUCGCCAAGAAACAGGAGGAGGCCUUUGAGCGCGUCAAGCGCUUCCGCGAGGACCUGUCCGACUUUCGCUCCCAGGUCGACGGGCUGAAGAAGGCGAGGGAGGACGCGCAGCACCAGAACAACAGGACAGAGCUCCUGGGCAGGCGGCCGUACAACGCCACGCCUGAGAACCCCUACGCCAACGCCACGACGACGACGACCAACUCGGCCUUUCAACCGCGGAGCAACGCGUACGGCGGCGGCCCCCUGACGACGGGCUCGGCCGACGAGAUGCGCGAGGCGCACGCGCUGCGCGAGCAAAACUUCUUCGCCAACACGCACAGCGCGCUCGACGACUACAUUGCCCGGGGACAGGCGGUCCUGGGCGACCUGGGCGACCAGCGCGAGAUGCUCAAGAACACGCAGAAGCGGCUGUACAGCGUCGCCAACACGCUGGGCGUCAGCGGCGACACCAUCCGCAUGGUCGAGCGGCGCGCGCGCGAGGACAAGUGGAUCUUCUUUGCCGGCGUAAUCAUCUUCUUCCUGUUUUGCUGGCUGGUCCUCCACUACCUGCGGUGA